ACUGUACAUGGUAAUAGAUUGAGAAGAGGAGAGAAAUAGUAGCAGGGAAGUGACUAAGGAUGAGUUUGGAAUGGGAAUUCCCUCAAUUGGGAUGAGAGAAUUGAUUGCAACUAGAGUUCAUGUGUUGUUCUUAGCAUGUGGCAGAUGGUUCCAUUUCCCAGGCCUCCCUUCCUUCCUAUAUAGAGUAAACUGACUUGGACAAUGCCAUGAUUCUGGUAGGCUUUGUUCCGUUGAAUUUUGGAGAGCAGUGAUCAAAAUGUGGGUUACUAUUGUUAGAUCAACCAAUUCUAGUAAUGCAUGAGGGUAAAGCUGCUGUGAGAAGCAUCUUAAUUUCAUCAAGAGAGAAAGGGGUUAGGAAGGAGAUAAUGUAAUGCUAAUAAGUUGAAUAGAAGAUGUUUAUAGAAAUCCCACGUUGCAGCAUUGAAAGUUGUGAAUGGUAGCUUCUUCCUCCCCAAAUCACCGAUGGCUUUUUUAUUUCAGAAAUUUCAAGAGGCUGUGAAAACCCUUGCAAAAAAUCCUGCUUUUGCUAGGGAUCCUAGUCAACUACAAUUUGAAGCUGACAUUAACCGCUUAUUCCUUUAUACAAGCUACAAUCUGUUGGGAAAGAAUGCUGAUGAAGCAGAUGCGGAAGAGAUUAUUGAAAUUGCCAAUAAAGCCUCUUUUGCUGAUCAACAAAUGCAAGUAAAAGAAAAUGUUCAUUCUCAAAUCAAAGCAUUUUGCACGUACAUGGAUGAAAUGCUUCUUCCAAAUGAAAAGAGGGUGAAUGAUCCCAUGGAAUUAUCUCAGCAGGAAAACAGUUCACCUCACCAUAGUGGGCUAAAUUCUGCUAAAGUUGUCUCUAAACAAAGAUCAUAUACCCAAGCAGAAGUUUCUCAGAAGUUAAAAGAUCAACUUGGCUACAAGCUUAAUGUUAAACCUUCUCAAAUAUCUCACAAGGAUUCUGGCCAAGGUCUAUUUUUAGAUGGUGCAGCUGAUGUUGGUGCCGUAAUUGCCUUUUAUCCUGGUGUGGUCUAUUCUCCAGCUUAUUACCAAUAUAUUCCCGGAUACCUUGAUGAGCAGAACCCCUAUUUGAUUACAAGAUAUGACGGGACUGUCAUUGAUGCCCAACCUUGGGGUUGUGGAGGUGAAGGGCCGGAACGAUUCAAUGGUAGAAAAAUGUUAGAAAGAAAGCUUGACAAUGAAGGAGCUGAGAAGGGUUCAGACAGAAUGAGUAAACCUUUGGAAGGUUCCCAGGUAGAAAAUGACAAUGAAAAUGAUGAUGUAGAGCGCAGAAACCCGUUGGCCUUGGCACAUUUUGCUAAUCACCCCGCAAAAGGGAUGCUUCCAAAUGUCAUGAUUUGCCCUUAUGACUUUCCAUUGACUGAAAACAACAUGAGAGUUUACAUACCCAACAUAUUAUUUGGAAACGCAGAAGUAAACAUCAAGAGACUUGGCAGCUUUUGGUUCAAAUCUGGAGUUUCAAGAAAUAGUCAAUCAGAUGUUCUUACCCUGAAAACUGUUGUUCUGGUAGCAACUAGGAGUCUUCAAGAUGAAGAACUGCUCCUGAACUACAGGCUGAGCAACUCUAAGAAGUGGCCAGAAUGGUAUGCUCCAGUGGAUGAAGAAGAGGACAUAAUGACAGGAAAAGAUGAAAGUAGCCAAUGACCAACAGUUUUCUGUACGAAACACCUUCUCACAUGGUGGCUUAGUAGUGGCAUUUGUUCCUUAAUUUCCCUGUUUUUGCAUGAAACUGUGGUAGUUGUCUCGUCAUUGUUUUGAUAAUAAUCUCUAAACAGUCAGAAUGAGUCGUAUCUUUUUGUGAUGGAUGAAAUGAAACUUUUUGAUUUACGGGGUUGAUUUUCUUUACAACUUUACACCAUUUAAUAAUAUUUUAUUGCGUAA